CUCGAACAAAAUUGGCUUGCGGAUAUCCGCCCAUUCUGUGGAUGGAAUUACCAAAAUAGAAAAAAGAAAUAAUUCAGUAAUCCACUCGUAUUCCAGCAUUUGUCCCACUCGGUUAACCACAAGUUAGUUCCCUGGCCCAAUGAGUAGAUUUCAAUGCAAUUACCAACUUAUGAUACUGUGCAUAUUCACCGAGACCCUGUAUCAUUUCCAAAUCAGUGCGCUACGGCAUCAGGGAGGAUCAUAUCGCAUUAUCAACGGAACGAAUGCAGCUAUCACGCAAUUUCCAUACCUUGUUUCGGUACAGCGGAAUACUGAUGGUUCGAAGAAGCAUAUCUGUGGCGGAGCUUUCAUCGCUGAUAAGUGGGUUCUCACGGCAGCUCAUUGUCUUCUGUAGAGAUGAAUCGGCAAAAAAUUUGGUCAUCAGAGCGGAAUCCUCCUUUCACGACAGCGGAGGAGUCAUCCUUCGAGUGGCAGAUAUCAUUAAGCAUGAAAACUUUGACCCCGACCAGAGCAAAGACUAUGACUAUGGGUUGAUUCAGCUAAGCCGUUCCUUUGGCCGAGCUGUUGUGGCAAAUCUGAAAAAUGGCCCCCGACGGUUUCAACCGUCAGUGCUCUGUCAGGUGAUGGGAUGGGGUAGAACCAGUCACUCCGAAGUCAGCAAGAGGGUCCAAUCGAUCGCAGUGCCAGUUGUGAAACAGAGCGUAUGUCGAGCGGCGUACACUUGGGUCGAUACAAUUACACCAAGAAUGCUAUGUGCCGGAUAUAGUACGGGUAGUAAGGACGCUUGUGAGGGCGACUCUGGCGGUCCAUUGAUUUGUAGGGGGAUGUUGACCGGCAUUACAUCAUGGGCCGAAGGAUGUGCUGAAAAAGGAUUUUAUGGAGUUUAUAGUUACAUUACCCCAGUUCGAUUAUGGAUACGUAGUAAAACAGGAAUAUAG